GCUGUGCUCUUUAACCCGCUUUUAUUUAUUGCCUUAAACUAAAGUAGAAAAAAUUGAAGUAAAAAAAAAAAGAAAAAAGAAAAAGCAGAAACUGUAUCCCUCCUUACAAUGGAUAUAAAAUAAAUCUGUGUUGAUGUACGUUUUAUAACCACAAUUGGAAAUUGGUGAAGAGAGAAGCUAUGAAGUGGAGAAAUCCUUAGAGGCACUUAGGCACGCUGCUAUCGGACUCUCUUUAAAUUAUAUAUGCCGAAGCAUAAAAUCUGAUUCAUACAGUUUGCGGCUCUAAAUUGUUAAUAGUUUUUUUGUUUUUUUGUUUUUUUUUUUGUAAUUGAGAAAAGUAUUAAAUUCAUAAAAAUUGAAUUAUGGGCUACGAUGAUGUGCUUAUACGUUUAGGCGAUUUUGGCAAAUAUCAGAAAAUUAUUUAUUUUCUUAUCUGCUUAACGUCGAUAAUAUGUGCUUUUCAUAAAUUGGCCGGUGUUUUCCUUUUGGCAAAGCCUGACUAUCGCUGCUUGCUGCCAUUCGAAGAUCCGAAUUCGAAUGCAACUGAAUACGAGUUAAAAGAAAAUAUCAAGCAUUUAGCGUAUCCUAAGGAUACUUUAAGCGAUAAAUAUGUAAGCUGUAGAUAUUACAACGUAGACUAUUCGGAGGAGUAUCUUAAUCAAAGCGAACCAUUUCUGGGAAAUGGUAGCCGCCCGUGCGAACACUAUGUCUACGAUAAAAGCAAAUACUUAAAUAGUGCUGUUACGGAAUGGAAUAUGGUCUGCGGACGAAGUUUUAUGGCUGCUGCCAGCGAUGCUUUGUUUAUGUCGGGUGUAUUAGUGGGCAGUAUUGUUUUUGGUCAACUUUCCGAUAAAUAUGGACGCAAGCCCAUCUUUUUUACAUCUUUAGUAAUACAAAUGACUUUUGGCAUUUUAGCCGGCAUCGCGCCAGAGUAUUUUACAUAUACUGCUUCACGUUUUGUGGUAGGCGCUACGACAUCUGGAGUAUUUUUGGUGGCCUACGUAAUUGCGAUGGAAAUGGUGGGUCCGAAGAAACGCCUCUAUGCUGGCAUUUUUGUUAUGAUGUUCUUCUCCUUCGGGUACAUGCUCACCGCGGCCUUCGCUUAUUUCGUUCACGACUGGCGUUGGUUGCAAAUUUCUCUUACCCUUCCCAGUUUGUUUUUCAUGUCGUACUAUUGGAUUAUACCAGAAUCCGCCCGUUGGUUACUUUCAAAGAAUCGUCGCGAAGACGCCAUGGCGAAUAUAAAAAAAGCGGCGCGUUUUAAUAACAUGGAAAUAUCCGAUGAAGUUUUAAAUCAAUUGCUGGAUGAAGGCACAGAAGUUAAGGAGAACAAAGACGAAUCGCCAUCUGCUAAUCAACCUUCAGUAUUUGAUUUAUUACGUUAUCCUAAUUUAAGACGUAAGACUCUGUUAAUAUUUUUUGACUGGUUUGUCAAUAGUGGUACUUAUUAUGGUCUCUCUUGGAAUACCAGUAAGCUGGGUAGCAAUGUGUUAUUAAACUUUGUCAUAUCCGGAGCAGUUGAGAUACCGGCAUAUACAUUUCUGUUGCUUACGCUAAAUAGAUGGGGUCGCCGUACAAUACUUUGCGGUUGCAUGUUAACGGCUGGUGUCGCUUUACUGCUAACCAUUUUGGUACCCAAGGAUAUGAAUUGGCUUAUAAUUGCAUUAGCAAUGAUCGGUAAGCUAUCGAUAACGGCUUCCUAUGGCACGGUGUAUAUCUUUUCGGCUGAACAAUUCCCAACAGUUGUGCGUAACGUGGGAUUGGGAGCAUCAUCAAUGGUGGCACGUAUUGGUGGAAUAUUGGCACCGUUUUUCAAUAUGCUCGCAGACAUUUGGGUACCUUUACCCUUAAUUAUAUUUGGCGCUAUGGCAUUUGUGGGCGGGUUGCUUUCACUACUGCUACCUGAAACGCACAACAGACCCACCUUGGAAACAAUAGCGGAUGGAGAACAAUUCGGCAAAACUCCAAGAGCUAACGAGUAUUUGGAAAAUGGUAGAGAGUUAAAGAGCAUUGACAAUUAUCAUGAAACGCAACCACUUAAUGCCGCUGCAAAAAAUGCUCAUGAGAAUUCGAACGGUCAGGAGAAAUAUUAAGUUCUUAAGCAUUUAUCAUAAUAACGCUGCACUACUACAAUGCAUUAUGUAUUAAUAUGCAACAACAAACAUACAAACUAAGUUUAUUUAAAACUAAUUUAUGU